CUAAGACUUAUAGCAAGAAAACCACAAAGUACGGGAUUGGGUACAAUCCGUACCAUAAAUGAGGUCGAUGACCGAAAUUCUCAGCGGCAAUGGGAGCAUCUUUUUUUUUUUAUUUUUAUUUUCCAUCCCCCUAUCUUAUUUUCUUUUUUUUUUUAACCCUAAUUUUUUUCAAAAAUGCACGUGCCUUCAUUUCUUCCUCCUAAAAAAUGCAGCGUUUUGCUGCUUUGUCAGGCAAAAAAAUAUUUAAAAAAUGAUGACCAGGCAGUGGGUCCCACUCCCACGCCUCAUCUUUUGACUCACCCUAACCUUUUUUUUUUCCAAUCAUCCCCAUUCACCUCACAAUCUUUUUCUCAAUUGUGGUUAAAAGCAUUUUUUACAUAAUCAUCAACUUGAUCUUAUUUCUUACUCAUGAAUAGAGAUAGAUGUCUCCAUCUUGUGUCCAAAUCAUGGAGUGAAGUGACAAACUCAACUGGUAGACUUGCAAGACUCUAAUAUUCGCUUACAUUACUUUACAUCUCAUGCAUAUCUUACUCCAAAUCCAAAUUCCCAGAUUCCGAGAUUCCCAGCUUCACCUUCUGAGUUCUGCCCCUGGAAUCUUUGCUUCAACCUGUUAAAAAAUUAUCUUUGCUUCAACCUGGAAAAAAUUAUCAAAAAGAACUCAAAGUAGUUUAAAAACACUUGUCUUCAUAAAAAUUCCAUGAAAUUUGGGAAGGAAUUUCGGAUUCAUUUAGAAGAAACCUUACCUGAAUGGAGAGACAAGUUUUUGUGCUACAAACCCUUGAAAAAGCUUCUCAAACAUUUCCCAAACACCACCAUUUCUGGUCAUAAUAAUAAUAAUAAUCCCCAAAAUCGUCAGAGUGUGGGAAAUCAUGGUGAAGGUGGGCCCAGUAGCAGUGAGAGUGUUCCUACUACAACACAGAGAUCCAUGUCAUUGGAGGAAUUUCAAGAUUGGUUUGUUAGACUUCUUAAUGAUGAACUUGACAAGUUGAAUGAUUUUUAUGUUGAAAAAGAGGAAGAUUUUGUCAUCCGUUUUCAGGAAUUAAAAGAAAGGAUCGUAAGGGUAAGGGAGAAUAGAAGAGAUGGAACUCCUGCAUCAGAAAGUGAAUUCAGUGAAGAAAUGAUGGACAUCCGCAAGGAAUUUGUCACUAUACAUGGGGAAAUGGUGCUUCUGAAAAACUAUAGCUCCCUUAACUUUGCAGGACUUGUCAAGAUAUUAAAAAAAUAUGACAAAAGAACAGGAGGAUUGCUGCGACUUCCUUUCACACAACUUGCAGCACAUCAACCCUUCUUUACCACAGAACCUCUUACCAGAUUAGUACGGGAGUGUGAGGCGAAUCUCGAGCUCCUUUUCCCAUUAGAGGAGGAAGUCACUGAACCAAAUCGGUCCUCGGAAUCAAAACCGAACAGAUCCUGCAUCUCGAUACAUUCUUCAUUAGGGGAUGCAUCCCAUGAUAUAUACCGUAGUACCCUUUCUGCAAUCAGAACCAUACAAGGCCUCAGGACAAGUUCAACGUAUAAUCCAUUGUCUUUUGCAGUAAUAUUUAGGGACCAAGAUGAUGAAGGCAGUGGAGCUGUAACAGCUGAGAACUCUCCUUCCAACAAUAACCGUGCUCAACCUUCAGAUAAUGACGAAACUGCUGACCAAGAUGAUCUCGGUUCAGCUGAACCAUGAUUGUCGGAAAGCUUGCAGCUUUUGCUAAAAACUUGUGUGGAUCCUCAGCAGCAAAAAUUAAAAUUUGGGUACGAAAAAGGUUACUCACAAAACCAUUCUCCAUAGAAAAACGGUAUAUUGACAUUUUGACGUUUUGUUUUAGUAAACUAAGUUAUUGCCAGUUUGAGCAAGAAUGUCAUUAUACCUAUUUGUUCCGUGGAGAACUGUUAGCUAAAUAGCCAUACUCUUUGGGUAAAGGUUUGAAUGCAGAACUGGUUUUGUAUUUUUUUAGUUUAACCACGCCACAUCACAAUUCUUAGAUAGUAAGUUGAUAGUGAGGAAGCACCGAAAGUGCUUCCAGGGAGUAGCGGUUGUUUAACUUUGUUCUCAGCGGGAACACAACGAUGUGUUAAUUGUAUGUUCUGCUGAGUCUAAAUUAAUAGUUUUGUUUAUUGUCACAUAUACGGUUCAAAAAUAAUAUAUCAUCACAGCAGGGAUUGUGCAA